CUCACAGUUUCUUCGCUGGUAAGAACGGACGGAGCCACAAGUCACAACCACCGUCGCGACCCGAUUUGGUACCCGACCCUGUAUCACCGUCGCCGAUGGACUCUGAAUCUGGUUCUAGAAGCUUGGAGGAAUUGGUGCGUUGGUGUUUUUGAUUUGGGAAGGUAAGUUAGUUUAGGGUUUUCGAUUGGGAGCAUUGCUUGCGGAAGGAAUUCGGGAUUUUGUUGGAUUCUAGGGUUUGUUUCUCUGAAAUUAAGAAACGGGGAAGAUAGGUGUGGGCUAGAGGAUAAUGUGUAUACUCUGUACUAUUCAAAAGUGGUCUCGCCGGGUUGCUACAAUGCUGCCUUGGUUAGUUAUACCACUAAUAGGUUUAUGGGCUCUCUCUCAGCUUUUGCCACCUGCAUUUCGAUUUGAAAUCACGUCCCCAAGGCUGGCUUGCGUUUUUGUGCUGUUGGUUACUUUGUUUUGGUAUGAGGUUUUGAUGCCCCAGUUAUCAGCCUGGCGAAUGAGAAGAAAUGCACGGCUUAGGGAGAAGAAGAGGUUUGAGGCCUUAGAACUGGAGAAGCUUCGUAAGACUGCAACACGGAGGUGUCGUAACUGCUUGACUCCAUAUAGAGAUCAGAACCCAGGUGGUGGUAAGUUUAUGUGUUCUUAUUGUGGGCAUAUAUCAAAGAGGCCUGUUCUGGACUUAACUGCACCACCAGGCAUGAGCAUUUCAAAUUCUGGGAUUACUAAGGAUCUUGUUGGAAAAGCUGGGAACAUGCUGAAUGGAAAGGGGUUGUCUGAGAAUGGGUGGAUGUGUGGACAAGAUUGGUUAGAAAAUGGAAAUUGGGUUGGUGGGUCUGUUACGGGGACGUCUAGCUACUGGCGGAAGAACGGGAGUGGUAUUUUUGGAGGGGAUGAAAAUUGUUUGGCGGAGAAAUCUUAUUCAAGUGUUGUUGUUUUUGCCUGCAAGCUGCUGACAUCUUUUUUCUUGGGCAUUAGGUGGCUUUGGAGAAAGAUUUUUAGGAUUAGUUCUUCAAGGGAAGAUGGUUCAUCAGAUGCAGAACACAGAGGAAUGUUGGUAAAGAGGGGCGAGGAUGGGACUAACUUUCAUGAGAGCAGGGGAGAGAAGGCACGUAGAAAAGCUGAAGAGAAGAGACAAGCUAGGUUAGAAAGGGAGCUUCUGGAGGAAGAAGAAAGAAAGCAGAGGGAGGAGGUUGCAAGGUUGGUUGAAGAACGCAGGAGGCUAAGGGAUGAGAAAAUGGAGGCUGAAAAGGAUCGCAGCAAAUCAUCACCUCCUACCCGGGAGAAAGAGAGUAAGAAGGAAGCAGAGAAGAAACGCCAGGAGAGAAGGAAAGAAAAAGACAAGGCAUCUACUAAGAGCAACUCUGAUGCAGAAGAGCUGGAAAAGAAAACAGGAAAGGAAGCUGAACGGAAGCGUGACUCUGAUAAGAAGAGUGAUAUUGAUCGCCGAGAACUUCAGAAAUCUGGAACAGACAAUGUCAAGAGCCAUACCACGGAAGCAGGACAUGGACUUGGAAUGAAGAAUGCUUCUGCAACUAAUUUUAAUCGAGGGAAUGCUGGGGCUAGAUACUUGGACCAUGUGAGGGGCACAUUUUUGUCAUCAUCUAAGGCUUUUAGUGGAGAUAGUUUCUUUGGAAGAGGUACUACUAAUACUCCUGUUACUAUUGCAAAGGAAAGUAAGAUAAAUGGUUCUGUAGAUAAUGUCCAAACUUCUGCUACUAGAAGAGAUUUUUAUCCACCUGAGCGUGUAGCUGGCAAGUUAACUAUGAAUGGAGAUGAUAAGCACCCUAACCGCCCUGUCAUUUUAGAAACUCAACCGAAGACAACACCUAAAAAAUCAUGGCAACAGUUGUUUACUCGAUCAUCUUCUGUUCCUUCAUCCUCUAAUACUAGUGUUAUUAGUAGACCAAAUUCUAAGUUGCAAGCAGAGGUUCAGAGCCCCCAGUUGGCUGCUCAAUCAUCAUCAAUCCAAACAUUUGAUAAUCCAAUUAACUUUGGGCUGCCAUCACCAUUUUUGUCUACCUUUCCAAAUGGAGCUCCCAGCAGUAGUUUAGGUUUCUCAACUGCAAUUGAACCAAUAUUCCCUCUAGUUGUUGAAGGGACUCAGGAAUUAAUACCUGAAGAGCAUGAUGUUUUUGAAGAUCCAUCCUAUGUUCCUGAUCCAGUAUCCUUGCUUGGUCCUGUUUCAGAAUCUCUUGAUAAUUUUCAGUUGGAUGUGGGUCCUGGUUUUGUAGACACAGGACUGGAGAAGCAUCGCACUUUGAAGAAUAUAUCUUCUUCCUCAGAAGUUAGCAAGCCCUCUCCCAUUGAGGCUCCAUUAUCAAGAUUACGUGUUACUGAUGAGAAGCAGAAUAGUUCUAAUAGAUUCCUAAAUACCUCUAAAGCCCAAGAUGUUCACACUUUUCCUGUAGAUGAAGCUAGUAUAAUUGAGAAGGGCACAUGGCAGAUGUGGAACAGCACUCCCCUUUAUCAGGAUCUUGGUUUGAUUGGUGGUCCGGCAAGCUGGAUUUUACCCCCAGAGCAUAAUAGAUCAAACAAAGAGGAAUUUAUACAUCUUUCUAAUCAAAAGACUACAGCAUCAUUGUUCAGGAAAGAGGAUCCUGUUCUUACUCAUUCUCCUCAGAAGGUUUUUCUUGGUAAUGGCCAGAGUGGUGGAAAAUUCAGCCCUGUAUCUGGUGCAACUGAUCAGGAUCCCUGGUUGAAGAAUCCUUUCUUUCCUCCCUUGUCUGGCAGUGAUAAUCAAUUAUCUCUCAAGCCCCAAGAAGAGAAGAGUGAAGUGAUAUAUGGGAGUUCGGGUGGAUCUUCUGCCAGUCAUUCCAUUGAGCUGCCUCCAGCAAAUUCUUGGUCCAAAAAGGAAUGGGGGGCAGUGCCAGGUUCAGACAGUAUUGGAAAGACUUUUGUUACUAGGCCUCAUGGUGGAGGUUUAUUUCCCACCCCAGAUGUACAGUCGUCUCUUUGGUCAUUUGAUUAAAAUAGGAAAAAGUGACAGUUGAUGGACUUUAAAAAACAAAAAAAUACAUCUCCUGUUCUCAAGAGGCAACAUCCUCUUUAUUGAGGCGGAGAGUUUAGAAUACUGGAUGCAUUGUAUCUUCCUUCUCGUCUUUAUGAGGGAGAUUAACGUUUACUUAACACUAGCUUGGAUAGGAAUACACAUGGGCAUGCAUUCAUUCUGUUGGUAAGGUAACAGGUAGAGCUUUAAGUGUCGAUACGUUGCUUGAUUCUUUAGCUAAUCAUCUUUUCUACUGCUGGGAAGAGGGGGUUAUGUAUUAAUGCCCCCAUUUUGAUGGUAGUAGAUUUGUUCUUUGGCAGGUGAAAGCUAUUCCUAGUCUUUCUUGAGUUGCGCUUCUUUUACCAUAUUAUGCUGAUGAAUGGAUGUCUAAUGAAAUGAUACUAGCUUG